CAGAACACGACUGAUUUCUACUUCUUCAGCACAAAUCGGGAGCACGCAGGUACAUAUCAGUGUCAGUACCGGGCGUCUUGGCCAGGAAUGCCAUCCAAGGAGAGUGAUCCUGUGGAGCUGGUGCUGACAGGUGUGGGCCCUGGGGACAGCAGGUGGCUCUGGUUGAUCCCAACAGGACCGUGUCCCACAGCUGUACCCUCCAUUCAUGCGGAUCGACAUUUCCUGCCUCCCAGCAUUUCCCUGAGCCCUGAGGAAUGUGUGGAGAUAGGGACCAAUGUCACCAUCCAGUGCUGGAACAAGGACUAUGGGGCCACCUUCCUCCUGCACAAGGACGGCUGCUCAGCCCCCAUCCAGCGCCAGCACCUCCAUGUGGUGGGCACAGCCACCUUCACCAUCUUUGGGGUGACCCCAGCUGACAGCGGCACCUACAGGUGCUCCUACCGCCCCUGGGCUUACCCCUUUGUGUCCUCACCCCUUGGCAAUAACGUGACUCUGGAGGUGACUCCCACACCUGCACCCCCAGGUGCUGCAGACAGUUCCCAUGGGAACCCGGUGGUGGCAGUGGCUGGGGGCUGCACUGCUGCCUUUGUCUUCAUCCUCAUCUUUGUCGUCUUCCGCCUCCUUGCUGCCCGCAGAUGUCGGAUACGGAGAGGU